AUGGCGGACCGUCUGCAGAGUCUCAAGAACCACUUCAGCGCCAGCAGCGUGACCAAGGGCAGCUGCAUGUGCGGCGCUAUCAACUACGAGUUCAAGGGCGAGCCCAAUGCCACCGCCCUGUGCCAUUGCGUCGAUUGCCACAAGUGGACCGGCGGCGCCUACACCUCCAACGUCAUCGUCAACCGGUGGAACUUCAAGGUCACCAAGGGCCACCCUUUCACCUACGACGCCAAGGGCGCAUCAGGCAAGAUCAACCGCCACUUUUUCUGCGGCAACUGCGGCUCCGGCCUCUACGCCGAGCUCGAGAUCAUGCCCGACGUCACCAUCAUCAAGAGCGGCGGCCUCGACGGCGGCGCGAAGGACCAUGCGAUCGGAGUCGAGUUCUACUGCAAGGAUAGGCUGAGCUAUGUCAAGCCGGUGGAUGGCGCGACGCAGGAGCCGGCAUUUGGAAGCUAG